CCUACGACAGUUAUGCUCUCAAAUCUCGCCUUCACAGCUCGCUCUCUCUCUCACACUUCUCAUACUGUACUCCUCACUCCCACCACCGCCUUUCUCUCUCUCCCUCUCUCCUUACCGUCGGCCGUAACGGUCAUAUUUCUGACUAUUUUUUCCCUCUCAAACUUCCCCUCUCUCUCUAUAUAUAUAAGCCACCAUUAUUGUACAAAAAUCUCAUUACUCUAAACUUUCUCUCAGCUGUCCGUACUACUCUGUGCUUCUUUAUUGGAUUAGGGCAAUUUGGAGAAUGAGAUUUGGGAGGAUUACUUUCGAGUUUUUACGAUGGUAACUGCCGUCCGUACCACAUUAAACCCAAAAACUUCCACCGAAGGAGUAGGGAGACCUCAAAAUCAUGCUAGACAUCCUCUUCUGCCUUCUGAGCUCGACAAUGGUCUUGCUCCUCCUCGCCGCCCCAAAACCCGAGAAGUCACUUCUCGGUAUAUGUCCUCGUCCAACUCGUCUUCUUCUUCUUCGUCUUCAUCUUCGGCUUCGUCUACUUCUUUCGGUUUCAGACGAUGUGCGUCGCCGAUGAUUUCGAGGACGUCGAAUUCGACGGGUUCGAUAACUCCGGCGCCGGCUUCGAUGCCUAAUACUAAGCGAGCUCAGUCUGUGGAAAGAAGGCGGGCGGCGACUCCUCGCCCUAGUUCUCUAGAUUUGAAGCAUUUGGGGGGAGGUGCGGGUGGUGGGGUUGGUUCUGAGAUGACCGCGGUGCAGAAGAUGCUCUUCACGUCCACGAGGAGCUUAUCGGUUUCGUUUCAGGGCGAGUCGUUCUCGUUUCAGGUUAGCAAAGUGAAACCUGCGCCAUCUCCUAGUGUGAGGAAGGGUACGCCGGAGAGGAGGAAGGCUGGGACAACGCUGCCGCGGGGAUAUCAGAGCGAGGAUUCCAAGCCGGUAGAGUCGCAGCGGUGGCCUGGGAGGUUGCGGGAAUCGGAUUGUAUGAAUAGGAGUUUGGAUUCCAAUGAUGAGAGAAGGAGGAGCACGGGUGGAUCUUGUGGGAAUGUGACUAGGGCGUUGCAAAAUUCUAUUGUUGAUGAUGUCGACCGUACCCCUGUUAAAAGAAGAUUGAGCUCUGCCUCAGGCAAUGCCGAAUUACUUAAAACAGCAGAGCCUGUAGUUGAAGUUAAUUCUAUUGGAUCUGAUGCAUUUUCUGAUCAUAUAGCUUCUUCUGAUUCCGAAAGUGUUUCUUCGGGUUGUACAACUCCAGGAACACUUGAGUUUGGUGGCGGUGUUUAUCAAGAACAACGUGGGUCCCGAGGAGUCGUGGCAGCUGCAAGGUUUUGGCAAGAGUCCAAGAACCGGUCGCUGCGAUUACCGGAGCCUGGUUCUCCGUCGUCGAGAAGUACUGCGAUGAGAGCUUUUGCACCAUCAAAGCUCGUUGCGCCGAAGAAGUUAUCAAUUGAGACUCCUGUAUUGUCUCCUCGAGGAGUACUUAGCAGUCGUAGGGGGCAGUCCUCUCCGAUUCUAGGGUCGUUUCGGCCUUCGUCACCGAGUAAGGCUUGUAUGUCGGCCGUGUCAUCUCCGUUGAGGGGAAUGAGCCCAUCCCGGAUAAGGAGUUUAAUUCCGGGUACGGAGAGUAAUAAAAACGCACCGUCGAUUUUAAGUUUCGCAGUUGAUAUUCGAAGAGGUAAAGCCGGAGAGAACAGAAUACUUGAUGCCCACGCCUUGAGGCUCUUAUAUAAUCGUCUCUUGCAAUGGCGAUUCAUAAAUGCUAGAGCCGAUGCUUCUCAUUCGGCACAGAGGUUGAAUGCAGAGAGAAGCAUUUAUAACGCAUGGGUCACCACAGCACAACUCCGUGAAUCUGUUAGAACCAAAAGAAUCGAAUUACAAUUGUUGAGGCAAACUCUGAAGCUUAUUUCCAUCCUAAAGGGGCAAAUGGUAUAUUUGGAAGAGUGGUCCCUUCUGGAUCGGGACUACACUGGUUCUUUGUCAGGGGCCUUUGAAGCUUUGAAGGCUAGCACUCUCCGACUCCCAGUUGUUGCAGGGGCAAGGGCAGAUGUUCAAAAUGUGAAGGAUGCUGUUUGUUCAGCAGUCGAUGUGAUGCAGGCCAUGGCAUCAUCAAUAUGCUUAUUAACCUCAAAGGUUGGCCAAGUGAAUUCGUUGGUGGGCGAAAUUUCAAGUUUAACGGCAAAGGAGCGUGCUCUGCUUGGUCAGUGCAAAAAUUUAUUAUCAACAAUUGCAGCUUUGCAGGUGAAGGAUUGUAGCCUCAGAACACAUAUUUUACAACUAAAACGUAUGCAAACCUGACAGCCAAACUGCAAAGCUUACACCAAAUGACUGCUCACCUUAAUAGCUAACGUCACGUGAUUGAUUUUUUUUUUUUUUUUACGUCUUGAAUUUGUGAAACAUUUCUAAUAAGGGGAAAUUUGUUUGUUGGUUUGGUUUAUAAUAGCACAAGAGGGAUCCUAAUGUUUUUUGUGGGAGAGUGAAAUCUGUGCAGUGAUAUUUUUAGGUGUCAAUAUCAUUUAGAUUGUAUUCAUAGAGAAGACGAAUAUAUGUAAAUACGGCAGUGAUAUCACUUAAUCUUCUCUAACUUCACCGUUCUUCUAUGUUUUCUUGAUUGAGUUCAAAGUACUGUUUUCUCUUCAAGUAUACCUAAAUCUGUGGGACUAUUGUCGGGUUUCAUAUUUGUUUUGUUGAUUGCAUUUCUUCUAAA